UAACAUCCAUGGAAAAACAAGAAGACGACUUGUUUUCUGCUUUUAUUCAUGCAAAUUCAAUUUUUGAUGUUAAAGCAACAUCUUUGAACUGCUUAGAGUCAACAUCUGCAGUAAAUAGUAGCAAAAAUACUCCCUCUGUGUGUCUUUAAGUUCUACAUAUAAGGAUUUUUAUUGCUUAACCAGGUGAGUUAUUAAGAACAAAUUCUCAUUUACAAUAACAUCCUAGCGGUGAGGCAACAUUUUACAUGUUUACAGUAAACAACAAACGUUAGCAAAGCUGUUAAAAUCAUAAAACAGUAAAAACAAUACCAAAACAAAGAUAUAGGACAACAUUAAAUACGAAAUACUUAAAAUAUGAAAUACUAAAUACAGGAUAAAUACAGUGCAAAACUCCACCUCAUCAAAAAUCAACCAGCUGGUUGAAUCUUUGGCAGAGUUUUGUGCCACUAAAGAACAAUUAUCCCCAACACAUAUCAAAACUGUAGUCGGCAUGAAUAAAGUGGGUCGGCAUCAAACUUCUAGAACGAUCCCAACCUCAACCCUAUUGAAAAUUUAUGCGGUACGCUUAGAAGCAGAGUUCGUGCAAAGCGAACAUCCACUCCAAACGAGCUCCACCAUUUCUGAGAAAAGGCAUUCAGACAGAAUCAUGCAGCCAGAAUAAUCCAGCAUGCAUGCAUACCUUUUAAACUGCUUGAUUUAUGACUCUGCGUUGCAGAGUUGCUGCGUUACUUAAGGUUAUUGUCUCGGCGCUUGACCCAGUUUCUUCAAAGCAGCUUCUGCUGUCAGCCUGAUGUUUUGAUGUUUCGCUCUAUGAACUCAAAGCGAGCUCAAAUCGUCACCCUGCCAUCAUUUUUGAUAGAAAAAGCAUGCUGCUUUGCAGGAACCCUUGUUGCUGCAUGUAGUUAAAUUGCAUAGAAAAUAACAGGCUAAUAAAUGCUGCUGAAUUUCCCUUUUUGUCAAUAACGAACUGACAGAGAAAGCAUUAAAACCCCACACGGUUUAGUACGAGCAUAUUUAUAUUACAAAGGCGUAUCGUAUUUAUAUGUAGUGUAAUUUGUUAAUUGUGUAGUAAAUACGAGUGGCCUCAUGCAAGUGGAGGAGGUGGAAGGACUGGGAGGCGCUCUGUUCCUGAGGAGCAACAUCGGCGUCCAGCGCUGCCCGUCCACGCUGUCCAAUCACGCCCACGGCGUUGACUCUGCAGUCGAGGGAGUCUCCAGCUCCUCCUCCACCAAAGACGUCGGCUCGGCCUCCCCGCUGACCGACAGGAAGAAGCACCGCAGAAAGAAGAGCAUGAAUCAGAAAGGAGACGCAGCCGCGGGACAAGCCGACGCUAAACGGAAAAUGUGGAAGCUGAAAAGCUUUGGGAGCUCAAGAAACGUAAGCAAGACAGAGGAGGACAACUUUGACUUCCUGGUUGUGUCGAGCACUGGUCAGACGUGGCACUUUGAGGCCCAGAGUGUGGAGGAGAGGGACUCCUGGGUCCAAGCCAUCGAGAGCCAGAUCCUGGCCAGCCUGCAGCUGUGUGAGAGCAGCAAGAACAAGGAUCGCAAGAACAGCCAAAGUGAAGCCGUGGCACUGCAGGCCAUCCGCAACGCAAAAGGGAACAACUUCUGCGUCGACUGUGACGCUCCAAAUCCGACGUGGGCCAGCCUGAACCUGGGCGCUCUCAUUUGCAUCGAGUGCUCUGGGAUCCACAGGAACUUGGGCACCCACUUGUCCCGGGUCCGCUCGCUGGCCCUCGACGACCUGCCCAGAGAGCUCACCCUGGUCCUCAGCGCCAUCGGCAACCACAUGGUCAACAGCAUCUGGGAGGCGCGUACGAUAGGGCACCGGAAGCCGGCGCCCGACGCUACACGAGAAGAGCGGGAGUCGUGGAUCCGAGCCAAGUAUGAGCAGAAACUGUUUGUGGCGCCGUUGCCUCCUCCCACACCCAGCGAGGGCCCAGACAUCAGCAUGUCGGGCCGCCUUCUGUUGGCAGUGAUGGAGCGCAAUCUGCCCAAGCUGCUGCUUCUCUUGGCCCACUGCACUAAGGAGGACAUCAACGCCCCGCCCUUCCUGUCGCUCCCCUCCAGGUCGCUGCUCGCGCUCCGCCUGCCUGGCUCUGCCCUGCAUGCUGCUUGUCAGCAGGCUGAUGUGGUGAUGACGCAGCUUCUGGUCUGGUACGGCUGCGACGUGCGGCAUCGGGACGCUCAGGGUCAGACGGCGCUGGCUCUGGCUCAGGGCGCCGGCGGCCAGGAGUGCAUCGACGUCCUGCUGCAGCAUGGCUGCCCCAGCGAGCCGGCCCCCGCCCUCGGCGCCACGGUCGGCUUCGCGUCGGCCGUGACGUCCAGCUUCCCCGCCGCCAUGACGCCGAGCCUGACGGUUGCCACGACGAUCAGAAUCACGCAGAAGAGCAGCGGCGGCGGCGGCGGCGGCAACCUGGGCUACAGCACGUCCAGAAGAGCCGUGUCGUAACUGCAGCGCGUUUCAAAGUGAGUGUGUGAAUGUGUUGCCGCUUUGCCGUCAUAGCGAGUCCUGUCCAUCCGCACGGACAUGCUGACAGAUCCCGUCUCACCUGGAGUCAGGUGAGACGCUCGGAGGUGUGCGUGCGUGUGUGUGCGUGUGUGUGUGUGUUUCAGGGAUGAAAACUGGAGAACACACUGUGCUGGACUGAUUUAUUUUGUUCUGUCUUUCUUUCUGUUUUUGGCCACAUGUCUGUGCAUUCAGAUGUAAGUAGAAUGUACCGACCUGUUUACCAGAGUCGCAUCCUGACCACGCAGUCAGUACUCGACUUUGUUCUCCACUCGGCUAUGAAUGGAAACCCGCCUGCAGGCCUCAAACAGCUUCUCUGAGCAGCUGAAGCCCAGAAGUAAAAGAACUGCAAUAAGUUUACUAAUCUAAAGAGUGGGAUGUAUCGAGCUCGUAGCAUAAAAGAUUAUGGCUAUUAUUAAUUUUGACAGUGAAUGUGAGUUUUAGAUUCAUCGGAGCUUGUCAUUAAGUGCAUAAAUUAUGUUACGUGUAAGUUGAUGUGAAAUAUGUUAGUGGCUGGAUAAAGGGGAAUAAAACAGCUGUAUAGAAAUGUGUUGAUAAAAUACUACGAAUUUAAAAGUGUUUAAUUUCCAGUUUAUUACUGUAUGAUUUGUACAGUUGUUUCUGUGUAUAAAACAUAAAGGGUUACUCAUUGCUGUUCAGAGAUUAACUGUACAGAGUUUUAGUUCAGCUUUAGUUUCCUGCUUAACUCAGAUUUUUUUAUGUUUUGUCUGUUACUGGUGUGUCUGAUGUGAAACACUGUACAUACCCCAGUAGCUCAUUGUUCAAGUGAGUAUUAAGAUACAUGCGCAGUGCUGUGAAAAGGUUUCCAUCCUCUUAUAGAUUUGUUCUGUUAUUUUCUUUUUUUGUCACACUUAAACGCUUCACAUCAUCAAACGAAUUUCCUUUUCAGACUAACUGGAUGUGAGUUUUUCCACAUCGUUGUGGAGAAAGUUUGCCCUCUCUUGUGUGGCAGAAUCAUUUUUAGUUCAGCCACACUGGAGGUUUUCCAAGCAAAUUAUUUGGAUUUAGGUCCAGACUUUGACUAGGGCACUCCAAAAGGAAAAUUUUGAGUCAUUCAGAGGAGAAGUUGCUAGUGAGCUGGGGAUUGUUGUUCGGCUGCAAAAUGUUUUUAACUUAAAGUGAAAGACUGAUGGCCCGACGUUCUUCUUUUAUGGUAGACAGAAACCUUCGUUUUUCCAUCAACUACAGCAAAUUAUCCAGAUCCUGAAGCAGAAAAGCAGCCCAAACCAUCACACUACCACCACCACCACCACCACGUUUGCCUGUAGGUCUAAUAUUCUUUUUCUGAAAUGUUGACAGUUUCACGCCAGCUGUAACCGGACCUUCAGACAGUUCCACCUUCGUCCCGCCAAAUGUUUUCCCAAGAUUCUUUGGGAACGUUUAGGAUGUUUUUGACAAAUAUCAUUUGUGUUGUUUUGGGAUAGCGGUGAGUUUCUCUUUGUCCAUUGUCCAGCCUCCUUUGCAUCAGUUUUUAUGUAUUUCUUUGUUAGCUCCUGGAUGAAUCCUCGAUGGCGUACCGUUGGUAGGUUACUGGGACGAUUCAUCGCCUUCCUGUUUUCUCCAUUUGCAGAAAUGGUCCACUGAAGUCCCAAGGCUUUGUGACACUUUACAGACUGAUAGAUGCUCGUGAUGCGUUCCGUUUUGAAAUCUUUUCACCUACUUCCUGUUGUCAGGCGGGCCAUUUUGAACUGAUUUGCGUUUUCCACGAGCUUCUGCAGCGAAGUGAGGCCGGUGAAGUUCAGCUCAGCUUCCCAAAGACUGCGGUUUGGGUACCUUUUCUUUCCCCUGGAGUGAAAUAAUAAUUUGAAAACAUUUUUUUUUUCUGUUUACUCAUGUUAUCUUUGCCUUUGUCUGUGGAAAAUUUUAAGUGUGACUAAAAAGCAAAAACAGAAGAAAUCUGUAAAGACGUAAAUACUUUUUCCCAUCACUUUACAUAAGUAGGUUAAAAUGACUUGAUUUUUGACUGAAUGUAGAUAAACACUAAUGCUGACGUGUUUUUUUUUUUUUUUAGAGGAUCAAAUUUUCAACUAAUAUUGUUCCUGAUGUGACGACUAGAAAUUAAAGGUAUACUUUAAAUAUUAAGAGCUUACAAAUGUACAAAACAAGGCCUUCAAGUGAAGUUUCUAAGUGGCUGAAAACAGACACAACAGAGGAAACAAAUCUAUAUUAUUAUAUAAUUAUCAACUCUGAUGCAGUACUGGGAGUACUUUCGAUGUGACCAAAAGCUGAUCUUUUCUGUAAUGUACACUGUUCUCUUUUCAUGUUUUUUUUUUUUUUUUUUUUACCCAUUUAAUAAAUCAGAAGCAUUCAUUAUCGA